AAAGAUGUCUUCGCCAUGGAAGGCAGAGCCUGGCGCCGUGGCUGAGAAGGUCAUAAAGAGAGCAGAAUUGGGAAAGAUGGCCCGCAAGCUGCAAAACCGACUUGCCCUCGCCCAGUUCAAAACGAAUCGAGGCUGGGAGGACCUUCCCCUAGAUACCAUUGAGCCCAGGGUUGAGGAAGAGCUGAGGCUCCGAAGGCCCUUGUCAAGCGGAGACACCCGAUCAGACUCUUCCUCCUCAAGCGCUGCCUCGGAGUUCCAGUACCCUUCACGCACCCUCCUGAGUUCUCCCCUCAAAGCCACCGCAUUCUUUUCGAGCGAUGUGAGCAGCAGCGGGCCCCGAAAGCGCACAUACCACAAUGGCUUCGAUCACCUGCGCUCUAGCUCCAGUUCCCGGAAGAGAUUUCGUUCCUCUCCACCAGUGCGAGGGCUCAGCUCGAGCCAUACCUCUUGGACCGACCGUCGUCAACUGACCCAAUCCUCCCCCAUUAAGCCUCGGAAGCAGCCGCACUUCACUACCUCCAGCGGCCCCGAUUUACCAUUCUUUCGAGGAUCGCACAUUCAAGAUAACGUCCCAACCAACUUCUCAGCCCCAUCCGAUGACGACGACGAUGCACUUCCGGCACACUCAUUCGAUUUGCGAUCCUCACCUCCUCGUACGCCGCCACCGGUUCGUAACCGGGGUCACCUGAGUCACCAUAGCAAGGAGAGGAAUGGCAGGUCUGGGGAAGAAGGCGCGGAUCUCCUCCUGUACCUUGCGACGUCCCCCUCGCCCGCAAACCCAGCUUCCAGGGCCCGCAUGCAGCCCCCGUCCACGCCGCCGCCGAAAAGUCUGGCUCUACCGUCUUCCAUGAUGACGACUCCAGGGGGUGGUGGAGGAUUAUUGUCGGUGUUUGGUGGUCCGCAGACCCCCUCUCAGAACUUCGAUUUCUCCGACUUCGUCAACAUCACACCCAGUCCAGGCCAGCGUGCAUGGCCCAAGACCCCAGGAGCCAAGACCCCAUCGACGGUCAGAACGCCCCAAACCAUAACUCGAAGACAUUUGGCGUUUGAGAGCUUCCUACCUCCAAACUCGAGUCCAAGCAUGCGUGAUCCCAGCAGUUCUAAGAACACGGGCCUCGGUAUGCAACUCGGUGGUGAUCUCAUCUCUUGAUACGAUUGUGGAUGAAGCCAUGUCGGCACAGCACUUGUACCAUUCUUGAUAUUCAUUUACGGAGAUUACACUACACGAACUCAACGAUAGAGGAUUUCCUUUUCUUUCCUCUUUUUAUAUUUUUUAUUUUUUGUUCACUUCUCCCGAGGUACCUUAUAUCGUGGUACGUGGAACGUGGACAAUGCCUACCUUAGCCAAGCCUAAUCGGAUCAUCGGCGGAACAGGGCUGAGAGAGGGCGAAGGAUGUUGAAUAGACGACCACCCAUGU